CCUUGUAUUAUGAAAGCUAUAAAACACGUUUAAAAUACGUUAUUGCAUUAUUUAAUGACAUUUUUGUGUCAAAUACGGAGUAUAAAAGAAUUUAAUUUGCAGCGCUAGUAUUUCCUCUCUGUGUUAUCGCCAUUAAUAAUGGGGGAUUCCGUGACGUCAUACAGGUAAAUAUAGUUUUCACGUGACACGUUUACCUGUGAAACGACUUUUUGAUCUCACUAACGUUAUUAUUCCGAUAAGUCUCAUUCGGAUAUAGAAAGCAUCGUUUGUCGUCUGUUUUGAGAGAGAAAUCGUUGUGGAUUUAUUUUACUGAAAGUCAAUUAUUAUAAUAUGGAAACCGCGCCCUAAAGAAUCGAUAGUGCAGAUGAUACUCGUAUGUCAAUAUUUAAAGAUGUUUAAGCAUUAAUAAAAAAAAUGUAUCAGAUUGCUAGUGGCUCAUAAAAAUUGAAAGAAAUUGAGGAAGUGGAUUUAUCAAAAUUUGGAAUACUUCUGUGAUAUAAUUAUUAUAUAAUGAGGGAUUCAAACGAACCCGUACACGAUGAUUCGCAGCUCGGCACCACAUCGGGUGCACUUGCACAUCCGGGACCGGGUGUGUUUAAAAGGAGUGCUUCCGAGAGGACAUUUUGUCAUUUACAACAAAUGGAAAAAAACUACUCGAAGCUAGGCGACCGUUUUGCAAAAGUAAAAGAAAAUUCCAACGGAAACGGAAUGAUAAAAGUUGCUUCAUUGAGUUCUAUAGAUUUUCACAGAAAUAAAGACCAUGACAUUGACACCGACCAUUUUGCGGGUCGGAGAGAUGUAUCAAACCCGACAACAAUAAAUGAAAAACGAAUUGUGAGCUCAAGAGGUAGUGUGAGAGGUUUUAAAAAUAGGGUAAGGGCCGGAAUAGCGACCUUCAUCGAACAAAAUGGAUUUUCCGGAAGCGAUGAAGACCUAUUUAUAAAGCAGCGGAACUACAGACAAGAAGAGAAAGGGAAGAUUAUUGUGUAUACAACAAGUAUGACCGUGGUACGUGAGGCUGCUGAUAAGUGUAAGGCUGUGAGAAAUAUGUUACAGACUCACAUGGUACGGUAUGAGGAGAGAGACAUGUUUAUGAGUGCUGAAAAUCAGAAAGAAUUGACGGAACGGUUAGGUCUAAGUGCAAUACGAGUGCCGCAGGUUUUCGCGGAUGGUGUUUAUAUAGGGGACUAUGAUGAAGUACAUAAAUUGAAUGAUACCGGAGAGCUGAGGAGCAUGUUCAAAAACUUUACAAAAAUACAAGUUCGAUCCUCCUGUGAUAAGUGUGGUGGCUACCGUUACCUGCCGUGCACAUUCUGCCACGGCUCGAAAAAGUCUCUACAUAGAAAUGAAUUUACUGAAGAGUUUUGUGCCUUACGAUGUAUGCAGUGUGAUGAAAACGGUCUGAUGCGGUGUGAUGAAUGUAUUGAUCAGCAAGAAUAAUUGUGUUGUGCUGAAUAAAUAUUCUUGUGUUUGUGAAUAAAAGAAUAAGUAUGGAUGAAUUGUGCUACUUUGACUGGCUACUAUAUGUAUGUCUAGUUGCGCAACACUAUAAAGUAAAUGAGUGUUGAGAGGCCAGCCUUGUCAUUGGCUAAUGUUUAGACUGUGCUCAGAAUCAACCAGUGACAUGUUGGGUUCUUAAGACUGGCUUCCGAACACAAGCCAUAUUGAACAAGUUCAUUGAAUCUUUGGUUAAUGAAUGUUUAAAGGUCUGAAAUGAAAUUAUGACAGUUGUUGUGAUACCUGUUUAUGCUUGCUUGCAUUUCGUUGUUUCUCGAAACUGAACAAAUUUGACACGUCGUAUAAGCCGUGACGUUUUUGCCUUUGUUAGUAAUUCCUACACCGUAAGUUGUCUCUGACAAGCUUUGUGGAGUUGGCAGGAAAACAGGUUUGCUUUAAACAUAAAUCCAGGAUGUAAAUGAGUUUAAUUUUUCGAGAUAAAAGUGGUCACUUGCGCAUUUAAAGAGGGGGAAAAUAAUUGUAGAAUACACAUCUUCAUGCAAAUUUGAUUCCAUGUGUACUCACACUUGUCGCCAGAAUCAAUCGUCUGUUUUCGAACCACCUAUCACUCAAAAGUUGUAACUACUAUUAAAGUCUAUAAAUGUACAUUUUGAUAAAGGUUCUUCUUAAUUAUCUUUAAAAGAACAUCAAUAUUUCAAUAUUUUUCUCAAUGCCGGUGUAAUGAAGUAUUUCGACCCCCAUAGAAUAAUGACCCCCCGGUCAUUAUUCUAUAGAAAAAAUGACCCCCCGGUCAUAGUAUUAUGACCUCCAGAUCAUAGUACUAUGACUCCCCCACGUGAAGUAAACUGAACCUCACGAAGAAUAUUGACUCCCAUAAAAAAACGACCCCCGGUCAUUUGGUCAAAUUUAGUGAUAACUCAAUUAUCUAAGGCCUAAUUGCUGCAUUUUAUGCCCCCACUCGGGGGAGGUGGGCAUAUAGAUUUGCCCUUGUCCGUCCGUCCGUCCUUCCGUUUGACCAUUAGCCCCAGAUACCAUCACUUGACACAGAAUUCAGAGCAUUCCGCAACGGGAAAAGGGAUUCUAUUUCUAGACGCUGUAUCUUGGUGUAUACAUUUUUUUCAGGAAAAUAAUAAUUCACAAUACGUUCACAAAACACGCCAGUGUCAAUAAUCCCUGCAAACUUCGGUAUGAAGUAAUCUUCAGAAGAAAACUGCACAAGAAACUGCUAGCAUAGAACUUAGUAUUAAUAGAAGUUGCAAUACUUAGCAGUGGCAGUAAAGUACGGUAGCGGCAACAAUAGAAAGUAGUAAUAGAAGUAGUAGUAGUAGUAGUAGUAGUGGCAGUGGUAGUGGCAGUUGCAGUAGCAGCAGCAGCAGCAGCAGCAGCAGCAGCAGCAGAGGAAUAAGUGACAGCAACAACAGCAGCAUGAGAAGAAGAGGUAGAUGUACAAAAAAACAAAGAAAAAUAUCAAACAGGGAAUGCCACGCACCAAAAGCGCAGCCUCCUCAAAACGAACCCCCCAGCACGCAAACGCGUGCACCACACACACACACACACACACACUCAAAGCUUACACAUCAGGAUAAAACGAACAACACACACACACACACUCAAAGCCAACACAUAAGGACGAGACGAACAAUAAGCAUACACACACGCGCGCACACAAAGUCAACAUACAAGGACAAAACGAACAAACAAAGGAACACAGUGGGGCACCGCCUUGGAACGGUCAGUUGCAAAAACACCACUGGGGAGCUUAAACCGGUUUAUGGUGCGCACCCAACCUCACUCUUACCGCCACGAUGUUCCAAAGACAUGGCACAGUGUAAAUAAAAGUAAUCCCCUCCAGGUGAAUACAAGACGUAUAAGUGGAAGCAGGUAUAGUAGUAUCAGUAGUAGCAGUUGUAGAAGUAGUAGUAGAAGUAGUAGUAGUAGUAGUAGUAGUAGAAGAAGAAGAAGAAGUACAUGUAGUAAUAGCAAUAGAAGUAGCGGCACCAGUAAUAGUAGUACAAUCAAAAUGUUACUAUUUGCAAUGGAGGGUAUUAGAGUUGUAGAUCUAGUAAAAUUGUCCGUUAGGUUUGGUGGAGAUCACUUUUUAAUAGAUAUUAUCGUCGAAAGUCUUUUUAGGAGCCGGUGUUUUACACGGAAAGAGUAACUUUUUUAAAUAGAAUAAUGUCUGGGAAUCGAUAUUGUAUGAGAGUUCGAAUGUAGUAAUUUCGACAGUGAGUAUUUUACAUGGAAGGAGUCACUUUUUCUAUAGAAUAAUAACCGGGGUCGUUGUUCUAUGAGAUUCGAAGGGAGUCAUCUUUAGGGAGUCAGUAUUUUACUUGGAGGGGUCAGUUUUUCUAUAGAAUAAUGACCGGGGGGUCGUUAUUCUAUAGAGUUUUCAAAGGGAGUCAGUUUUUUAUAAGGGGAGUCAAUAUUUUACAGGAAAGGAGUCACAUUUUCUAUAGAAUAAUGACCGGGUGGUCGUUAUUCUAUGGGGGUCGAAAUACUUCAUUACACCGGCUCACUUUGUAAAUGCCCGUUAAACUUUGUCAGUGCCAGCUCACUUUCCCAGAGCCAGAUAUAACAUGCAAUGGCAGAGAUGACAUUCGCAAACCAGCUAGGUAUCCAAAUUGUUUCUAGUCAUUGUUUUCUGUAAAACUUAAAACUUAAUUGUCACGACCGUUCAAUUAUUUUUUUGUAACAAUGACUUAGAUUUCUGGAACUGAGAUUUAUCAAGCCUUUCUUCGGACUUCAGGUAACAUAGGCUAAAUCAUGUGCUUGAGUAAAUUGCACACAUUUAUCUUAAUGAGCUGGCAAUGAUUAACUUCCAACAGGAAAGAAACUGAUUCAUGCAAGGUAAAUAUGACAUGUGAAGCAUGCAAAACGUUUUAGUGAAAAACAUUCCUUUUUGUAUAUGAAACAAAUAAAAAAAAUUUUGAUGUUUUUUCUUAAUUUUGACAGCUGUAGUUUCGUGUAUUCAAGUCCCGAAAGUAACACAAACAGUUAACAUGAUCGAAAAACAGGUGCGGUUCGAAAACUAGUAGUUGACGAUUUAAUGUCGGUGCAUAUUUUUUGUUCGUUCGUUCACUCAUUCUGUUGCCAGUUUAUUUUUUUUUCUUGUACACAGUCGGCUGGACGGGUACUCUGCCUUUGCUCAAAACUGAAGGAUGUUUUAAGAAUUAGAAGUACACCAUUUUAAGACAAUAUUUUUUUUUUUACCUUCAUAAAUACCUGUAUGUUUGUCAACUGUAAGAAUAUAUCAAAUUCAGAAAAAUUCUCACAAAAGAUCUUGGACCAGUCAUACAAGUACUACAGUGGUAUUUUCAUGUUUUUAUGAUGUUAUUGUUUUUUGUUUCUGUCAUUAUAUAUCAAUUUGAUCAUAAAAUCGUUCAAUUUGACCAUAAAAUUGUUUAAUAAAUCAUAAAUCAUUAACAGUUCAUUAACGCUUUUUACCUAAUGCUUAAUGAAAUCAGAUAGCGAAAAAACAAAAUCAGAUUGGUUCUAUACAUUAUCUGAAUGAAAGUACAAAAAGUGGGGAAUGUUUCUGCACGAAUAUAUUUUAGUAUUGUACUGGUGUUGACUGUCACUUGAGCGCGUUGAUUGCCAGAGUGUGAACUUUUUGGUGAUGAUCGAAAAAUGAUGUUUGAAAUUAUUAUGUGUCAUCAAAAAUCUUUAAGUAAGAGUAGCAGGUAUUUUGGGACACGAAAGAGUUACCAGUGCAUUGAUUUUUGGCGGGAGAAAGUAUGGUGCGGGCAUCAUGAUCAUUGACAAGUAAUACUUCAAGGGAGACAAUCGACUUUUUUGGACAGUCCUUAGUUAGAGGUAGUUGCCCUUCUUUACUUGUUAUACACAGCUCUAGGUUAUUUUUGCCGUAUGAACGAAAUCAUACGAAAUGAAAUCUGUUACAAAUUGUGUUAUAAAACAUUAUAUUUGAUGUUAUUAAUGUUAUUAACUUUGUCUUUGUUUACAAAGAUUGAUAAAAUAUUGUCUGUUGUUAUUUUCUUGCCGAUGUUUCUUCGCAAUUAAACAUUUCUGAUAUGUUAAACUAA